AAUCGAUGAGUGAGAAAAAGUAACUAGUCCCAUCUCUAGCCACCGAUCAGCUGUUUGCAAACAAAAUAUUGGCGUUCUAAUUAGUUAUUGCUUCUAUGUUAGUGCAUUAAUGGACUGCUGCGGCAACGAAGUGCGCAGCGAGAGUAUCUACAACAUGCUACAGGCCCUGGUGGACUCGAAGGUGAUCGACGUGCAGCUUUUGUCGAUUGCCGUGGGCAUUUUCUUCGUGGUCAUGCUGCUGAAAAACAAUUUUCGCAGCUUUUCUGUCACUUCUAUGGUUUUUGGAGCACUCCUCGAGGCAGUGACGUCACGCACAUUAUAUGUGUAAUAAUUUGGGUGCUAGUACGUACUCGUGCUUUUUUCGGACUCAGGGUCGUCGUUUUAUUUCGGAGGUGUUUUCACAACAACACGCCCAACCCCAAAAAUAUAAUUGUUUUCGAAGGCCGGGUGAACUGGUUUGACGGCCCCCGAAACUUCCACGGAACGCGAAAAAAAAAAAAAAAAAAAUAUAGAGUCCAGAAUUGGUUAAUUUCAUCAUUAGGCAACUGUGAUUCAUGGCAAGCUGUCUUGCGAUAAGAUAGCUUAUUCGAAUACUCGAAGAAGGUUCUACUUGGAACCGGCUUUCUCAUCCAAGAACUGCUGAACUUUUGCCCCAAUUGCCGGAGUAGAAGCCAUAUCCAAUCACACUCAAUUGCUAUCCACAAACGAUUCCAAUUGACCGGCGACUGAUUGCCCAAUGUCUGCACGCACUUCCUGGUGCAGCAUUAGAAUUCAAUAGACGCCCGACUUCAGCUGGCUCCGUUCUGCAAUCCCGCACUGACUCAUUGCCCGGCACUUUCAGAAUUUAUGCAAUACUGCGGUACGUGCUCUUAUGUUAAAAUAUUGCAUUAGAACACCCAGCGAACGUGACUUGAUUGCAGGGCUAGAAAUAGCAGCACUACCUUUAAGCCCUCGGAUAAGCCACUAAGCCAAGUGUACCUAUUCUUCUGAUUAGUGCUGUUUAUACGAACAUGAGGGAUCCCAUAAAUAUCCUUAAACGUCAACUGAUAGUCCUGCAACUGUCUAAUCCUUCAUGUAACAUGAAAUCUUCCUAUCUUCACAGCUUACUAAUUUCCAUCUUUACAUCUGAAAUCCUGAAACUAUUAUUUCUAUGGAUUAGACAACUACCUAGUAGAGAAACAAAAGAGUUACAUCUUUCCUAGUUUAUUAGUUCAUAAUUACGCAUUAAACAAAAUAUUGAUUAAUACAAGUUCAUAUGUAUUCAUUACAUCUUUGGAUUAUUCAAACUUUCCCAACAACAAAUGCAGUUAAGCUAUUGCUUACCACACAAAAUGAAUCAAAAUAAAGCUAUCCAUUAAGCCGGAUCAUUAACCCGA